UUUGACAAGUUGAUAAAAGAUUCGGAUUUAAUAUAUCAACAAAAAACAAUUUUACAGAACAAUCGAAAUAGACGAUUAAAUUUAUUACAAGUAAAUCUUUUUGAAUAUUAUAAAAAAGCUAUUCAACAAACUAUCGCAAUAUCUAUUUUACAAGAAUUACAUAAAGAGAUAUCAGAAUCAAACAUAUUAGCUAAUAACAAAUUGAUACUAUACGAUUUGAUAAAAGAAAAAAUUGAUAAUUUUAGACAAGAAGAAGAGUUUGAAAAUAUAAAAAAAAAGAUUGAAAAAGAAAAUUCAGCUGCUAAUUUAGAAGUAAAUAUCAAAGAAGAAAUAGAUUUUAAAACAAAAUAUAUCGAUCAAAACAAGAAAAAUGAAUUACAUUUAAUACGUAAUCAAAAAAUUAAAUCAUUAAAGGGUGCUGUAGAUUUUUUACGUAUUAACGAAGAAAUCGAAAAUGAAUCUUUAUUAUCAAAUUUGUUAGAUAAUAAUCUUUUUGACGAUUUAAUUCAAACAAAUGGUUUUUUAGUUGAAAAUCAAAGACAAUUAUUACAAACAACAAGAAAGAAACGGUUACAGUUGUUAGUAAACAAUUAUUACAAUACGUUAAAGAAAGAAAUAGAAAUAUCAAAAGAUUUAGAACAAUUAAAUGAUGGUGGAUAUUUUGAUGAAAGAAUCGGUGAAGUUAGAGAAGAAUAUUUGGAUUCCGAUAAUUCAAAAGAAAAAUUACAUAUUUUACGAAGAUCGAGAAUUGAUCGAUUAUUAGGAAGUGAAGAAGAUCAAAGAUAUGAUCUUAUAAGAGAUAUUAUUAAUAACACAGAAAAUAUCGAAGAAAUAUCAGAUUCAUCAGAAAUAUUUACAGAUAUUAGAGUGUUAAACCAAACUUUAUUAACAGGAAAUCGUGAUAAAUCAGAACUAGAAAAAGAACGAAAAACCCAAUACAACAAUGGGUUAUAUGAUAUUAUUAGUUCAGCUAUCAAAAUAGAAGAAGAUAUUGAUAAAUUAGAAAAAGAAUGGGAAGAAGCUAUUGAAAACAAUCUUGAUCAAAAUUUUUUGACUGGAAAGUUAAAAACAAUUCUUCAACAGAAUCGAUUAGAUAGAAUUAAAGAGUUAAAAGAAAAUGAAAAUGAUACUAAAACACCUAAAACGCCAAAACGUCCUUUAGAAGAUGAUGAUAUACCAGCAAGAAAUUUAGAUAAAGCAGAACAAAAUCGAGAUAAAUUAGGAACAUCUGAUAAACAAAUUAAUUUUAUUAUUAAUCAAUAUAAAAAAACAUUAUCUCAAGUUGAUUUAUUAAAAUAUUUUCCAACAAGAAAAAAUAAACCAAUCGCAAAUAUUAUUAAAAAAGUAUACGAUACAAGUAGAGAUAAAAAUUCAUUGUUAGAAGUACUUUAUUUGAAUUGGGUUCUUGGUAAAGAUGAAAAAUAUUUGUUGAACAAGAAAUUUACAAGAAAGAAAAUAAAUGAAGUAAAUAAUUUAGUAAAAGAUAUUAAUAAUUAUCUUUAUGAAGAACAACGUAAAAAAGCGAUGAUGAAUCAAGAACGAUUAGAAAAAGAUAAAAAUUUUAAAAAAUUACGUAGAUAUCCCAUGUUUUUUUUACCAACUGAAUUUUCUUGGGACAAUCCUUUACGUAUGGAUCAAGAGAAGAUUGAUAUAAUUAAAAGUAUCAAUUUAAUUAUAAUCGAAUAUAAAAAAUCAUUAGCCAACAUUUUAGAAAUUACAGUAGAAAAUAUCAAUACAAUACAAGAUUCUUUAAAUCAAUUGG